AUGGAAUGCAAGACCAUGACUUUCAUCGAAAAAGGCAAAUAUUUAUACACUUCGAAAAUAGUAGAGUCAGUAUUACAACCUGCUCACUAUCAUUAUAAUAAAGAGGAUAAAAGAGCAUUGUUAAUAAAGAAUGGUAGAGCAACAGAACCUCACGAAUUAAGCACACUAGAGCUGAAGAAUGAAAUAUCAAAAUUUUAUUGUCACUAUCAAAGUGCGGAUAAAUUUAAUGGAAAUGAAGAUGAAGCUAAUAGACAAGAGUAUUUAGGAUUGUAUUCGAACAUUGCACGAUUUUUGAAAUAUAUAUUAUUUUCAAAAAAAAACACAGUGAAUCCCCCGGCCGUACCUCAGCGUCAACAUGUACGUGCUGUUGCUCAAACUCUUCAGCCUGCUGUCGUUCAAGUUCUUCAGCCUGCUUUGACUCAAUCUCCUCAGCCUGCUUUCCCUCAAUCUCCUCAGCCUGCUUUGACUCAAUCUCCUCAGCCUGCUUUCCCUCAAUCUCCUCAGCCUACUUUCGAUCAAUCUCCUCGGUCUGCUGUCGUUCAGGUCCAUCAUCCUAUUGGUGUCAAUGAGCUUUACCAACUUCCUGCUAACAAUGGAAAUACGUUAUACUCACAACCAAUGUAUUCUAAUCAAUUUGAUCCAAAUACAUUUAGAUUAGUUGACCACUCUGUUUACACGACCAAUAAUAGUUUAUACAUAGCUGGGCAACUUCAAUCCCAGCACCCUCAAUAUAAUAGCAUUGGUACUGUACCAGUCAACAACUCUAAUAAUACAGCUCUAAUUCAACAAUCACCAGGUACAACAGAUGAUUUCGAUUCAUCUCAGUCUUCACAAGAGAACUAUCAUGGAGUGGGAGGUUCGACAAUUGUAACAACACCUAGAUUACCAAAUAGACAAUUUACAUUCCAUCCAUACCAACAUACACGUUAUUAA